AUGUCGGAUCAGGCAACGGCAACCACAAGCACGUCUUCUACCGAACAGCAGACCACCGCCACCACUUCCGCCAGUAGUGAUAACGAUAUCAAUACUACCCACCCUCCCAGCUCUACCGGGCCCAGCGUCACCACCGCCGCCGUAGAGCAGGAAGCAUGGCGAAUGCUAUACCCGCCAUCACCGGUACUCCGAGAUGACCUAGGCUCGCAGUUCGACCCGCCCUUCCCGGACCCGGACCCGGAGGCGGAAGCAUAUACGCCGUAUACCCCCUACACAACCUCCACAUCCCCAUCCUUCACGCCUUCAUAUUCAUCCACGCAGCAGUUACAGCCACAACCCGAAGAACAAGAACAAGAACAGGACCAAGAUCAAGACCAAGAAAUCCAAUACUAUUCAUCGUCCUCCGCCGACGCCGACACCGACUCAGUCCCGUACCUAAACCCGUACCCGGACCCGCGGGACAUGUGGCCAAUAAUCGUCUGCCCCUGCCCCUGCCACGCGCCCACUCCGUCCCGCGAAGCGCGGCCCUGGCUCGCCUUCUCGAACGAGGCCUACGCCGUGUGUCCGCUGUGCUGGGUCGACGCGUACAUGACGGCGCACGGCGACCGGCGUAGGCUGUUCGACUGCGAGAGGUAUCUCCGGGGGCUGGGGAAGGAUCCGAAGGUUCCUGCUUCAAGGCAGUGUUGA